ACAUUUCGGUUCUCAUGGAUGACUCAUUCAAAGAACUGUUCAUUCUGCUGCUGCACGGUUUCAGAUCACAUCAGAAUGGCUCCAGCUAGGUGAGAUGAGUGAGAGCCGACGUUCGCAUCCUCGGUGGGAAUUCCAUCAUCAGAACCGUUAACUCGGGAGCCGCCGAGUUAAAAUGGUUGAUAUCCGACCGGAAAAGUAUCUUGAAACUGAGUUAUUCAUUGUUGACAUCAUCCCCUCCAUUUAGCCCAGCGUGUAGCAGGCCGACUUGGCUGGGGUGUCAUGGCGUUAAAGGAGCGUAUGGAGGCGGUGCUUAACGUGGGUCUGCGUGUGCCCAGCAUCAUGCUCCUGGAGGUGCUGUACCGCUGGGACGUGUCCUCCUUCUUCCAGAAGAUCCAGAGGUCCAGCCUCAACAACAACCCCCUGUUCCAGUACAAGUACCUGGCCCUCUACCUGCACUAUGUCGGUUAUAUCCUGAGCCUGGUGCUCCUCACCCUGCCCAGGCAGCACCUGGUCCGCCUCUACCUGUACGUCCUCACUGCCCUGCUGCUGUUUGCUGGACACCAGGUCUCCAGGGACUAUGUCCGUAGUGAGCUGGACUCGGGCUAUGAGGGCCCUCUCUACCUGGAGCCCCUGUCCAUGAACCGCUUCACCACCGCCUUGAUCGGUCAGCUGGUGGUGUGCACCCUCUGCUCCUGCGUCAUGCAGACCAAGCGCAUCUGGCUGUUCUCAGCCCACCUGCUCCCCCUGGUGGCCAGGCUGUGCCUCGUCCCUCUCGAGACCAUCGUCUUCAUCAACCGCUUCUCCAUGAUCUUCACAGGCCUGGAGGUCUUCUACUUCCUGGCCUCCAACCUGCUGGUGCCCUACAACCUGGCCAAGACGGCCUACCGCCAGCUAGUACAGGUGGUGGAGGUGUACGGUCUCCUGGCCCUGGGCAUGUCUCUGUGGAACCAGCUGGUGCUGCCGCUGCUGUUCAUGUGCUUCUGGCUGGUCCUGUUUACCCUGCAGAUCUACAGCUACUUCAGUACAAGGGACCAGCCCACCUCCAGAGAGAGGCUGCUCUUCCUCUUCCUCACCAGUAUUGCAGAGUGCUGCAGUACUCCCUACUCCCUGCUGGGCCUGGUGUUCACCGUGUCCUUCAUCGCCCUGGGCGUCCUCACCCUCUGCAAGUUCUACCUGCAGGGCUACCGGGCCUUCAUCAAUGACAACACCAUGCACAGGGGGAUGACUGAGGGCAUCACCCUGCUUAUCCUGGCCGUGCAGACGGGGCUGAUAGAGCUGCAGGUCAUCCACAGAGCCUUCCUCCUCAGCAUCAUCCUCUUCAUCGUGGUGGCCUCCAUCCUGCAGUCCAUGCUGGAGAUCGCUGACCCCAUCGUCCUGGCUCUGGGGGCCUCACGGGACAAGAGCCUGUGGAAGCACUUCCGUGCCGUGAGCCUGUGUCUGUUCCUGCUCAUCUUCCCUGCCUACAUGGCCUACAUGAUCUGCCAGUUCUUCCACAUGGACUUCUGGCUGCUCAUCAUCAUCUCCUCCAGCAUCCUCACUUCGCUGCAGGUCCUGGGCACUCUGCUCAUCUACAUCCUCUUCAUGGUGGAGGAGUUCCGCAAGGAGCCCGUGGAGAACAUGGACGACGUGAUCUACUACGUGAACGGCACGUACCGGCUGCUGGAGUUCCUGGUGGCGCUGUGCGUGGUGGCGUACGGUGUGUCGGAGACGGUGUUCGGGGAGUGGACGGUGAUGGGCUCCACCAUCAUCUUCAUCCACUCCUACUACAACGUGUGGCUGCGCGCGCAGCUGGGCUGGCAGAGCUUCCUGCUGCGGCGGGACGCCGUCAACAAGAUCAAGUCCCUGCCCACCGCCUCCCACGCGCAGCUGCUCAACUACAACGACAUCUGCGCCAUCUGCUACCAGGAUAUGAAGUGUGCGGUCAUCACACCCUGCAGCCAUUUCUUCCACGCCGCCUGUCUGAAGAAGUGGCUCUACGUCCAGGAGACCUGCCCCCUCUGCCACAGCCAGCUCAAGAGCCAAUCACAGCCCGUUCCCCCUGCCCCCGCCCCCGCCAAUCACAACCCGGCAGAGGUGGGGGAGGCGGUGCCAUCGGCAGGCGGGGCUGAGAAGCUUCCGGUAGAGGGAGGGGGAGGAGAAGGAGGCAGCAUGGACAACUCUGCUACUGCCCCUGGACCAGCCCCUGAUACCCUGGCUGAUGCCCCCCAGGUGCCCCUGCCCCCCCCAAGCCCUGAGCAGGGGGGGGAGGAACCUCCCAGUGGGAAGGAGGAUCCCUCCGGUAGUGACUCCUCCCACCCUGAGUCUACAGUCACGCAUCCCGAACCCUCAUUGGAUAACGCCACGUCAGACGGCCAAAUCAUUGGUCCGUCGCUGGGACAGGGCGUGGCAGAUGUCAACCACACUCCCGGAGCAACCCCUCCCCCUGACGUUCCGGCUGAGCCACAGUCUCCGCCCCCCUGAACCCAUACCCCUUGCCCCUCCCAGAAACACUCCAUGCCCCUCCCCCCUCCUCCCUCUUGGAUACAUACCUUUCAUGGUUCAGUUAAAUACAUUUCAUCAUAACUUGGUUAACAUUUCAUCGUGGUUAAGUUGACAGUUUAUGGUUAGGUUUGAUUUUGGUGUCAUGGACCUGUCUGGCUAUAACAAGACCUUCAGAUGCCAUAGUGGACCUUCAGAACCUGUUUCUGGACAACAAAGUUCUGAGCAGUUUGGUUAUGUAGACAUGCUGAGACACAAAUACACACAAACACAUUGGAUGGGGGUUGUCAUUUUCCCGAGGAAGGAGUUUGUUUCCAUGGACACACAAAGUAGAUUGUAAUAAGAAAAUGUAUCAUGGUACUCUGGACCCACAACAGUGUGUCGCAAAGUGAGGGUUCUAGAACACUGUCAGUAUUCCCGAUCACCAGGGAUGUCUGUCUGGUGAGGGUUCUCGAACCCACGACAGUGAAACAUGUCACAGUAGCCAGCUCACCUCUUUGCCACCCUAACCCUACCCCUGACUUCUGCCCUGCUCCUCUCUCCCUCCCCUGGACGCUUCUGGAAAAGAGAAGGCGGGGCGGGCCCCCGGGUUGGCGCCUGCUUUUCAUUGGCUGCGUGGACGGACAUGGACCCCCCCCCCCCCGCGCGCGGAGAGCAGACCUAGCAUUCAAUGUAGAAGCUUUACGCACGCUUAGGACUUGCACGAAGUCACCGCCGCCUGGUAGCCAUACCAACCCUGUUUUCAUCGAACGUCUGUCUUUCUAUGGAUGUGUCCUGCCACCUGCAUUUGCACUAACGUCACCUAUGGCGAUGCUCCAAAGUCUGUGUCAGGUACCAAAUACUUCUGGUGUGUAUGAGACCCCAACCCCCCUCUUAUAUAAAUGUGUGUAUAUAUACCCGACGUUCAUACAUGGAGGGGAAAAAAGUUUUGAUAAUCAAAUCUUACCAUGCAGUAUUGCAGCUGCUUCUUCUCCCCUGGUAUGAAGCGUUGCCGGGCUCGUGUGAACUCUCCAGUGCCCUCAAGAGGUAGGAGGGGGAGGGGCCCGGACGCGGACGCAGGCGGGAGCGAAUCACUGGCCUUUCGUUUCAACAGUAUUAUUUUAACUUUGGCUGCGGUUUUGAGAAUGAAUACAUGUUAACCAUGUAGGAUCGAAACCUACCAAAUGCUUCUUGUUUAAAAUUGUAUUCGUAGCAAUUUGUCUGGAUUUUCACAGUUUGAAGGUUUCUUAAGACGAGGCUGCAAUGGGAGUUUGAAUAAUAAAACUGUUUCACUUGCUUUUAAACGUUAUCUGAAUUUGGAGGACUUGAUUGGACAAGCCUUGCAAUUUAAUUCUGUGUUAAUAGUUUUGUUAUGGUCUGUUUUAUUUCCUCUUUUUGUAUUAUGGGAGAAGGUUGCUAGUCUGUGAAGGCAGACCACCAGCAUCCAUCACUGUCUGAUAGGAGGUUUGACUGGUGUCGCCUUGGUAACAAGCUGAAUGUCUGUAAUAAAAAGAACCAUCCAAUUUGAA